UAACCAAUGGAGAGAAAGAGAGGGCUUGGCUAUAACCUUAGCCUCCCAUUUUCUCUCUCCCUCUAUCCCCCCCUCCUCUCCUCCUCCUCUAUGCAGGGCUCUGGCCAGUCAGUCCUCUUUGAUUAUCAGUCUCCAGCAGCCCCUCUCUUGGCUCCUUGACAUGAGCACCAUAUAAGGCGCAGCGAUCUCCAUAGAAACGUGUCAGUUUCAAUAGUAGUGUCAAAGUUCACUAUAUACAGACAUUCGCGCAGAUCCCCCGUUUCGGAAACAUUGCUCUCUGCUGGUCCUCUCGUUUUAAGCGCAUUCAUUUUUUGGGGGUCUCUCCUUCUUCUUCUUCUUCUUGCAUAUCCUAUUAGUACUACUUGGUGUUUUUCCUCUUUUUCUUUUUUUUUCCCUCAAUCUUUUUUUCUCUUCGUAUCUCCGUUCCUCCUCGCUGGAGAGAGGUGAAACUAUACAUGGGUACUUCAUUCGGCGACGCGGUUCUCCUUCGCAGCUGGGCGAGAUGAUGAGGUUUAUUUAAGAAUAUAGAUGUAAAAAGCCCAGCUCUUCAGUUUUUUUCCUCCUCCUCCUCCUCCUCAUAUACGACGAAGACGGGAGUGUAAAGGAGCAAGAGGAAGAAAGGAGAAAGGAAUUUAUCUCCGCAGCACUUUGGAUCGCGUCUUUCCAGCGAAAAGGUUUUGGCUUUUUUUUUUUUUUUUUUUUUUUUUUUUUUUUUUUUUUUUUUACUCGCUCCUGCCUUUCUUUUGUGGCUAUUUCUUUUUAAUCUGACUGCAAUUUUUACGUCUGGACUUGGGUUUUCCAACAAGAUUAGGGAUUCCUGAAUGGCUGACUGCAAUUUACCUUGGAACUGGCCUCCCGAUACUUGCAUAUCCUGAUCGGGUGCCUCCUGAUUUCUGAAUGUAUUGAUCGCGUUUGCUCCCCUUCUUUCCCCCCAUAUGAGAUUGCGUGCUCCGAUUUGACUUUGCACUGUCCCGUCUUUGAGAUUUUUUUUUCUUCCUCCACUACGCUCCAUAAACAUCGGCGAUCAUUUCGCUUUACAGCACUUUCCGGGCCGAGAUAUGGCAAUGGUAGUUAGCGUCUGGCGAGAUCCGCAGGAAGACGUGGCCGGAGGACCUCCGAGCGGCCCCAACCCAGCAGCGCAGCCGGCGAGGGAGCAGCAGCAGGCGGCGUCGGCGGCGCCGCACACUCCGCAGACCCCCAGUCAACCGGGACCCCCGUCCACGCCGGGGACCGCCGGGGACAAGGGGAGUCAGAAUUCCGGACAGAGCCAGCAGCAUAUUGAAUGUGUGGUUUGCGGGGACAAAUCGAGCGGCAAACACUACGGCCAGUUCACCUGCGAGGGAUGCAAAAGUUUCUUCAAGAGGAGUGUACGCAGGAACUUAACGUACUCAUGUCGUGCCAAUAGGAACUGUCCCAUUGACCAGCACCAUCGAAACCAGUGCCAAUACUGCCGGCUGAAGAAGUGCUUAAAAGUGGGGAUGCGGCGGGAAGCGGUUCAGCGAGGAAGAAUGCCUCCAACCCAACCCAAUCCAGGCCAGUACGCGCUGACGAACGGGGACCUGAACGGCCACUGCUAACUGUCUGGGUGAGCCUUACCCUACAUCUCGUUACUGCUGCGGGCUGAGCCUUACCCUACCUCCCGUUACGGGAGCCAGUGCAUGCAGCCCAACAACAUCAUGGGCAUCGAGAACAUCUGCGAGCUGGCGGCUCGCUUACUUUUCAGCGCCGUGGAGUGGGCGAGGAACAUCCCCUUCUUCCCUGACCUGCAGAUCACCGACCAGGUGUCCCUUCUCCGGCUGACGUGGAGCGAGUUGUUUGUGCUUAACGCGGCUCAGUGCUCCAUGCCUCUUCAUGUGGCCCCUCUGCUCGCCGCGGCAGGCCUGCACGCCUCGCCGAUGUCCGCGGACCGCGUCGUGGCUUUCAUGGACCACAUCCGGAUCUUCCAGGAGCAAGUGGAGAAGCUCAAGACCCUGCACGUCGACUCGGCGGAGUACAGCUGCCUCAAAGCCAUCGUGCUUUUCACAUCAGACGCUUGCGGCCUGUCAGACGCCGCUCACAUCGAGAGCCUACAAGAGAAGUCGCAGUGCGCCCUGGAGGAGUACGUCAGGAGCCAGUACCCCAACCAACCCAGCCGCUUUGGCAAGCUCCUGCUGCGGCUGCCCUCUCUACGCACCGUCUCCUCCUCGGUAAUCGAGCAGCUGUUCUUCGUCCGCUUGGUAGGUAAAACUCCUAUUGAAACCCUCAUCAGGGAUAUGCUAUUAUCCGGGAGCAGCUUCAACUGGCCUUACAUGUCCAUCCAAUGAUCCUUAUAUGACAAAACAAAACAGAGAGGAGGAGGAAGGGGGACAAACAAAAAAAAAAAGGACCAAAUUUCUGCACCCCUCAUCCUCCUUCAAGAAGACUAUAUAUAGGACCUUUUUUUUCUGAGAAACUUUGCGGAAGACAUUACUUUUUUUCUGUCUUCUGGGACUUCGAUGGAAUACAUUAUGUACAGAAAAAUAUUGGAACUGGACUUUGCGCCUGUGUAAAUCCGCACCGUCAUCUUCAAGAACAAUACUCUCCAUUUUGUAAAAUACUAGUCUUUAUUUUCUUUUUUCUUUUCUUUUUUUUGUAAAAAAAAAACACAAAUAAAAUGAAAAACAUCAUAUGCGCAGUAAGAAAAAAAAAUGAAUCAAGACUUAGCGGGAAAAUAAUGUUUCCAAGCAAUUAUAAGAAUUGUCCUGUGUCUAUGUACCUCUCUGUUUUGUAAUUUUUCUGGUUCUAAACCAGGGUUUCUGUGAUUCUAUACUAAUAAUUUUUUGAUAUAACCUUUUGCUUCUUAUAAUGAGUGCGAUAUAUGUUGUCGAAGCUAUGUUCUCCAAGAAUUAAAAAUUGAAGUGAGAAUUUAAAAUAAUGAAAAAAAACAAAAAAAACAAGACAAAUAAAAUGAAUUUAGACGAAUAAGAAACAGUCUAAUCGCUGUGACAAUAUCAACACUGAUGGUUGAACUUUUUUUUUAUUUUUUAUUUUAUUUUUUGACCUCACCCUUCUCCCAUGCUCCCAACUGAUACGAUGGACCUGCAGCAGAAGCAGCGAAACGAAACUGACCUCCAGGACGUUUUUACUGACAUUUUUACUCCGUCUGGGGCGCAUCUCCCCCGCUUCCCCCUCCGCCCUUGUCCCCUUCAUUCCCUUUUCCCCGGACCACGAGCGUGUGUGGAGUCGAUCAUCAGUCAAAAGAACAAACGGAGAGACAUGAAAUCAAAAAGCACUUUUAAUAUAUCAUUUCAAAUACAUUUUGUUUGUUUCGUCUUGAAGAUUUUUUUUUUUGUUGUUUCUUGAAUUUUAUUGGUUGUUGCCUUCAAUUUUGCUUACUCCAUGAUGCAGCUUUUCAUUUUUUUUAUUAUUUUUUUUAUUAUAUAUUUUCUUUUGGACAGAAGGGUCGGCUGAUGAAGUUGUGUGAUGGUGACUGUACUAUUAAAAAAGAAAUAGGCAACGAUGUCUCACUCUCAAGCAUUUUCCUGGGGAUCAAAUGUUUAUUAUUAUUAUUAUUAUUAUUAUUAUUAUUAUUAUUAUUAUUAUUAUUAUUAUUAUUAUUAUUAUUAUUAUUAUUAUUAUUAUUAUUUAGCCAAUCAGAGGGAAUCUGUUUUUUGUUUUUUUUCACGACUGUACAACAGUUCCUGAAACCUACCUGUGAAAACAAAUAGUUGCACGGGAUCAAAGGGGGGAUAAUAAUUACACAAUAGAAGCACAUAUUACAUUUGGAAAGAGCCAUGACAUAACUGACGGUGCGAGUACAAAGAGGAAGGAGACAAUACUGGCCUGCGAGCGCAUUAAUGUUUAAUAUUUUUCCCAGACAGCGAGGGAAGCCUCUAACACAGAGCCACCUCUGUAACCUUCCCCCUGUGGCUUAAUCAAGGUGAUUCUCUGCAAACCAACUCUCCCCUCUCGCCUAAAAUAAAAAAAAAAAAAAAAACUCUGCCCUGAUAACGCAUUGCAUGCUCUGUAUUGACGUGGGCGUCAUUUGGCAAAAAAAAAAAAAAGGUUUGGGGGGGCCCUCGCUGCAAAGCUGCUGUGAUAUGCGUGAUCAAUCUGGAAAAUGUAUUUUACAGCAUGUAAGCCAGUCGAUAGGAACACCGAGUGUGAUGCAUUGUGUGGGAAUAGAGAGGGAGGCAAAGAGGGAGAGAACGACACAGACACAGACAGAGACAGAGAGAGAGAGACAGACAGAGAGAGAGAGACAGAGAGAGAGAGAGAAAGAGAGAGAGAGCGAGAGAGAGAGUGCUGAGACAAACGAGAGAAGAAGCGUGUUAGUAGAAAGUCAAGUGUAUGACUGUGUGUAUGUGUGAGUGUGUGUGACAGGACAUAAAAAAAAAUAUUUAAAAAAAAGAUGUGGCCUUGGUUUGCUUGAUACAGUCAGAGUGUAAUGAGUCCAUCGAUAGUGUGUGAGAUGGGUUACUCACUGUCACUGCCCUCGCUUUGGUCUAUUUCUUGUUUUUGUCUCAGUUUACGCCCUAAAUGGCAAAAGGGAAAUCUGGUUUAUCACCGGUCCUUGCAUUUAAAUCACAGUACCAGGCGUGAUAAAACAUGAUAAAACAAAAAUGAUGGAAUGAAAUACGGCGCAUAGGCUUGACAUUUCUGAAGUCGUCAUGAAAUGAGCUGCCUUUGUGUCAUUUUUUUUUUUUUUAACCCAGAUCUUUCUCUUGUGGUUUUUGCAGUGAUCAGGGACAGCAGAGCAGGGAUGUGAUAUUUGUUAGCCUGUUUAAUUAUCAGCCGUGUGUUGUGAGUGUAACUCUCGUUUAUAGGUUAUUUUUGCACUGCUUAUGUCAUCAAGAAACUUUUAAGGUAUUACUGCCUGUAAUAAAGGAAGGACGUGGCUCCAGGUUGUCCUCUGA